AUCGUUUCAUUUACACGUGCGGGUAACACUCGGGUUAUUGAUAGUGGUUAUUUUAAUUUGCGGUGUUAAUUGUGCGGUGUAAAAACAAAAAAAUAACAAAAAGUGUUACAAAUAAAUAUCAGCCACGUGUUUCGUCAUUCGAAUUGUUUCUCGUUUUUCUCGUCAUUAAGAAAAAAAACUGAAAGAGUGACACGAUGGAAUAUAAAUAUAGGUUAGUGAUGUUCAUAAGUGAUAAAAAAGAAAAGGAAAUCGAUAUUGUUCCUACGUCGUGGCUCGAAAAUGAUGAAGCUACAGACACAUUGUUGUGCAAAUUUAUGCCGCAACCGUAUACGAAAAAAACAAUAUCCAUUCUACACAAAAUGUUAAAAAACUGUGAAAAACCACUAGACGAGUGGCCCAGUUUUCCGGUGGAUCUCCGAGGAAGAGCUUCUACUUAUGAAGAAGCAGAAGAAAAAGCACUUUUACUGGAACAGAAACCGUAUGCUUACUCAACAGAUAGUGAGAAAAAUGCGAAGAAAAAAGCAAUUCAGGAUAAAAAAAGUUUUAAAUUCAAAUCUCUUCCAUUGAAAGAUAGUUUGGUUUUGGAAAAACUGAGUGACAUAAGCUUCGACCUCAAUGAUAAUUUGAUGCCCAUCGAAGUAUUGGAGAAAGAAAAAAGUAAAAAUGUAACUCAAGCAACGAAAACUGAAAUUCCAAGGAAAAAACCAUCUCGACAAAAGCUUUCCGAUCCUGUGGAAAGUUCUGAGAAAGAAUCUAGCGACAAUACUUCAUUAGAGAGUUUGAACAAUUCUUCUAUCGCAUCACCAAUAAAGCAAAAUUCUCAAAAAAGUUCAGGAAAAUUUGUCGCUAUUAAAAAAAAAGAUAUACUCUCUGCGAGCACCAGCAAGCAUUCCGAGGGCUUGAAUUCCUUUCAAACUGAUAUACAUCCUCAAAAAUGUUCAACAGCCUUUGGGAAUGCCAAGAAAAAUUUACCUUCGACUAGUACUAAUCAGUGUUUCGAAGAUCGGCUGUUCAAAUUCUUUGGGGAAAAGCUGAAUUCAUUGAAUUAUAAGAUUGGCCAAAUCCAAGGACAAAUACUUGACCUGUCAGCGGCUUUAAAUUCCAUUCAAAACUCUAUCCAGACAAUCAAACCAACAAAUGAUGAUAUUAUUGAUUGGAAUAAAAACUUCACUGAAGAGGUUCUUGAUUUCUCACUUCCAUGUCGAAAUCAUGAUGAAUUCAAUAAACUCAAUGAAGAGAUAGCAACGAGUGAGCAGUUUCGGAAAAAAUUGAUACGUCAAAUACUAUUGUCUAUUAAUAAGAAAACUGGCCUGCGGAGAAACAUGGGUCAAAUAAUUCGAAAAUACAUGUCACGCGAUUUAGCUCUUUCGUUCACAACAUCGAAAGCAGUAACUGGCAAACAUGUGUUCAGCGAAUCCAAACUAUACUUGUGUCUUAAAGAUGCAGUUUCAUCAGUUUUCAAAGAGGAAGAUGGUGCGAAUUUAACAGAACCAACAUUUAAAGAAUCUGUUCGAAUCGUUUUUAACAACGCUAAGGAUUGGGACGGCCAAGGAAAUAUUCGAAAAAAAAAUGCGCAAAAAACUUGAACGUCACAUUAAAAUAUCACGAAAGAUUUAAACUGUAAGUUUCCAAUUGUAUUGUUCUUUUUGUCAAAAAAAAAUUGGGUUGUAUUAAUAUAUAAAAUUUAAAGAAAGGAGUUAAGGAUAUUAUUCUCUUACUUCUUUUUUUUACAACUUGGUAAUUUGGUUCAAAUUUUUCUUGCCCGUGCAUACAU